CUGUGAUCUGCCUAUUAUCCAUUUGCUUGUAAACUCUAGCUAGCAUAUACGCUUGAUUGCGAUUCUUGCGAAAAUAAGAAAAAAGAGAUCAAACAAGGCUUGAACAUUAGAGAGAUGAGCUGCCGUUCCUGUAACUAAUAACAAACUCACUAUCCUCAAAGAAAGCAGACCGAAAAAAAAGAAGGAAAUUCUACAUGCCAUUAUAAAAAAAAAAGAAAUUCUACAUGCCAUUAUAAAAAAAAGGAAAUUCUAAAAGAAAACAAACCGGCUCGAAAGUUAAUUUGCUAGGAAAAAAAAGAAGCAAUCUUCGUGUACUUGCUAAAAUUUCUCAGCUUUGUCACUAGUCCCCUCGAGCGGAUGUAUUAGUCGGCUCGCCAACCGUAAGUGGGCCACCUCCUUAAUAGCGUUUUCAUCGAACGAACUGGUUCGGUAUUAAAUAUAGCCUGCAUGCAAAUAGUAGACCAAUGCAUGCAGGGUAUCAUUUUCCUCAUAGGGGAGAGUGAGGCCACUCCACGCAAAUAGUGAUGGCACGACACAGUUUCACGGCAGUGUUGGUCGGCUAGCUCCAUGACGCAGUUUAAGUUAAUUAAUAGGCGCCUAGAUCGCCCUCUCGACUAAUACACCCGAAUGAAAGCGUGUCUUGGGAUGCCCACCCACGAGCCAGCCAAGCCAAGCCAUGGACGGUCCGGCUUACGCCACGUCACUGAUCCGAGGACCAGGCAGCUGCACCCACCGUGUCGCCAUCUCUAUAUAUACAAGAAAUAGUGACCCAUCCGCGUGCGGGGUGCGCGUGCGAUUUAGGACUUUGGCGACGGCGAGAGGCGAUGAGAUAUAUCAGGUGUCGAGCGCCGCAUCACCGACGGAGAGGCCGGCGUCCGUGCCCGCAUCGGGAGCCGCCACACACAACGCGUCCGGGGCAGCUUUGCCUUGGCCUCCGUCGGCGUCUGAGCAACACUCUGAGAUGGUCCACGCUCCCGCCGGCCAUGACGACCGAGGACUGGCCGAGAUGGUGGUCCACGCUCCCGCCAGAGCUCCUCCGCCUCAUCGCCGAAUCGCCUCGGAGCCAGGGGAAAUUUCUCCUCCUGAACAGCGACACCGGCCGCUUCCUCCACAAAAAGCUCCCGCUGUUCGGGCCGGCGACUACCACUACCUGGUGGCAACCACUCACCGCGGCUACUUUCUGUAAGUGCUAAUGCUU